AUUUGAAAGAUUGACUGGUUCCCCCCGCAAAGUCCAAGCCGGUAGUCUGGAAGCAGACGUUUACUUCCCAUUCAGCCUUUCGUCUUGAAGACAUGCACCUACUUGGUUUCUUCUUCUUGUUCUUCUUCUUCAUAUUAUUUAUUACUAUUCAUCACAUUGUUUUUAAUUUUAUUACUGCUUUAUUUAUUAAUAUUGAUCAUAUUCUUGGCGCGGGAUUCCAGCUGGGAAGAAGACUUUGGCCUUCUUCCAUCUCCUACAUCCCGGCCGUUUCUCUCUUCCUCUGCUUCUUAUUGAAAUUCUCUCCGCGUCUAAUCCACCGACUUCUCGACUCUUCGUAUUAUUAUUUUCCCCGGGUAAUUAGAAGUUUCUGCCUGGUUUGAAUUUUGGGUUUCUUUGGUUUGGUCUCAGUUUCUUUUGCUGUAGAAUGGGAGGGUUUUGCUCGAAAAGUUCCAGUCAAGGUUUUGCGUAUCACAGCACGAAUGGGCAUGGUAACGAUCGCAAGGCGGCGGGUUCAGGUUACCAACCAAAUGAGCAGAUCAGUUUGACUCUGCCGAAGGUGAAGGAUAGCAUGGAGAAGCAGCCGCCGGACGCUACGCAAUUCCAGGAGACCCUUCCGUUUCGUAAUUGGGAUGCGGCGCCGGCCGCUGAUGUUGGUACCAGUCCGGAUGAUUUCUACGAUGGAAUCCCGCGUAUGCCCAGGGGCUUGUCUCAGAAGUCUAGACCAGUCCGGUCUACGCAGGCUGCUGUUGCAAAGGUUUCUGAGGUGAGUUCACGUCUAAGCAGAGCUGGGACGCUUGGACUGGGAAAAGCAGUGGAGGUCCUAGACACACUUGGGAGUAGCAUGACAAAUUUAAACCCCAGUAGUGGAUUUGCUUCUGGAGUGGUAAUCAAAGGCAAUGAACUUUCAAUAUUAGCCUUUGAGGUGGCAAACACAAUUGUCAAGGGUUCCAAUCUUAUGCAAUCUCUUUCACAAAGAAGCAUUAAACAUUUGAAAGAAGUGGUGCUUUUUUCAGAAGGUGUGCAAAAUCUAGUCUCAAAAGAUACAGAUGAACUACUGAGAAUUGUUGCGGCAGACAAGAGGGAAGAGCUGAAAAUCUUUUUAGGAGAAGUGGUUCGGUUUGGAAAUCGUUGUAAAGAUCCUCAAUGGCAUAAUCUGGAACGCUAUUUUGAUAAAAUUACUAGAGAACUAACCCCCCAAAAGCAGUUGAAGGAAGAGGCAGAAUUUGUGGUUGAACAUUUAAUGAGCUUGGUUCAGUAUACUGCAGAACUAUAUCAGGAACUCCCGGUGUUGGACAGGUUCGAACAAGACUAUCAGCAUAAGCGUCAAGAGGAAGAUAAUGUGGCUGCCACUCAUAAAGAUAACGGCCUUACAAUUUUGAAAGCAGAACUGAAAGGCCAAAGAAAGCAAGUGAAAAUUUUAAGGAAGAAGUCACUUUGGUCGAGAAGCUUGGAGGAGGUAAUGGAGAAGCUUGUAGAUAUUGUCCAUUAUUUACUGCUGGAGAUGCAUAAUAUCUUUGGUGAUUCAAAUGAUCAAGCCUCAGUGGAAGAAUCCGUGAGCAAAAGAAAGAAAUUGGGUCCUGCUGGCCUUGACUUGCAUUAUGCAAAUAUUAUCAUGCAGAUUGAUUCUCUUGUAGCCCGUUCAAGUUCUAUACCUCUAAAUACAAGGGAUGCAUUAUAUCAGGGUUUGCCACCGAAUACUAAAUUGGCUCUACGCUCAAAAAUACAAUCUUUUCGUGUAAAAGAGAAUAUGGAGAAGACUUUGGAGUGGCUGGUUCCAGUAGCCACUAACACUGCCAAAGCUCAUCACGGUUUUGGUUGGGUUGGAGAGUGGGCAAAUAUAGGGUCUGAGAUGAAUAGAAAGUCUGCUUCUGGACCCGCAGAUAUAAUUCCUGUUGAAACACUCCACCAUGCAGAUAAAGAGAAAACAGAAGAAUAUAUUCUUGAACAAGUACUAUGGCUUCAACAUCUGGUUAGCCAAUCAAAGAUUGCUGCAAAUGGUGGUGGUGUGAGGUCAUCCAUCAAGUUGACACUGAGCCCAAACCUUGAAAAGAUGAAUCAGCAAUCUGAACAACAGCGUUAUGGUGCCCCGUUAUUGACUACUGAGGACCAGAAAAUGUUGCAGGAAGUGAGUAAGAAGAAACGAAUUCGAGGAAUUAGUAAGAGUAUGGAAUUUGAUUUUGAGAAAACCAGAUUGAGAAAGCAUGACAGGCUGAGCAAGAGUAGCGGCUAUUCCCCUAGGAAAAGCAAGGGAUCAAUCGCCAUUAAGAGGUUUCCUUCUGGGAUUGCGAUGAUUGGUUUUGGUAUGGACAAGAAAAAAGCAUUGGAUGUGAUUGACAGAGUUGAUGGCCUCCAGUGAUUAUCAAAGGUGCAUGUUGAUCUUUCUGCCGGGAACGGAUUAAAUACCGGAGAUGUUGGAGGUUUUCAGUUGUUUGUACUGUGCAUGAGUGUACAUAAAAUGUAAGAAGGUUUCAAAUUGUUUUGCUGCAUCUCACACCCUAGUCCAAGGGGGGCCUUUUGUUUAUCCGAUGGAAGAUUGCUGGGAAUACAUUCUAGGAUGGAGAUGCUCUUUCUAGCACAAGUUUGAAUACGUGCAAAGAAAUUUAGAGUUGGAGAAUCCGUCAUUUUUCUUUUCGCCGCUGCAUUUUUUUGUAUUUCCAAAUAUUUUUCAUGUAUUAAUGUGUACUGUUAUUACUUGUGGUGCUUUUCAUUGCCAAAUUAUCAAGAGAAAUGCCGAAGUUAGCCUCUCUCUGAUUCAAAUAAUGAUUUCAGCCCCUUGCAACCGAUGGCCAGAAAUCCCGGUGCUUGCGGUUUUUGUUUUUUC